CGUGUGAAAGUGUGAUAUCUGGACUGGUCUCCCCUCAGCUUGUACCAUAUGUAUUCUUCACGAGGUUGCCAUUUCAACGUGUGCCUCACAUUUGUUUUAACCCCAAAUGCAGUUAAUACAGUAAAUUGCCUAUAUUUUGUCAGAGCAGAGGAUCGCUGAAAACUCUUUUGGCGAGGAACCAGGCUACUCUGCUGGUCUGGUCAGUUGUAAGAUUCUCUGGUUUGGUUGUCCAUUGGUUCCAUUCAUUCCCAAAAUGUCAACAGCAAGUUCACCCGGCGUUGGUUCAGCUGUGUAGCACAGCUUCGACAGAAUAGAAGCUUCUCAGGCUAAAUGUAAACACUGCGACCGGAAUAUCAGAUGUAAAGGACGUUGCACCAGUGGCAUGAAAAGGCAUUUAGUCUCGGCAUCAGGUAAACUGGACCUCCGAAAGGGCUCUAUUUAAAGAAAUAAUUCGAGACCUCCACAGACAAAAGCAAUGGAGCUGUAGAUGUUGAAGCGUCAGAGACGGGUAUUAAAACGAGUGAGAACAAAAUACAAACUUCAUGACAUUGCUACAUUUGAGUGACAAUCAAUAAAGAACUGAGUUCGGCUACAUGUAUUCAUGACGAAUCAACCGAUUGAAUGCGCACAUUUAGCUAAACGGAUUCGUGGAUUUCCGUUUAUUAUGUUAACCGGAAAAUGCUGUUUUGGUUAGCAGUUAUGUACAUUUUCAAUUAAAUGCCGAGUCUCAAAUAGCCGCCUGUCCCUUUUUAAUAGACAGGCAUCGGCACACAUUUCAGCAAAUAAACGCCUGUUUCAAAUAAACGCCCCAUCUAAAUUAAUUGUUUACAAGGUUACCAUGUCAUGUGAUAUACAUAAAAAAAAAGAUCUGUCAUGUUGCUUGCCAUGGCGCCACCAAGAAGAAAAUACGACAUCAAAUUCAAGCUAGCAGUGAUUAAAUUCACAGAGCAAAAUUCAGGCGAGGCAACAGCAAGGCAUUUUGGAAUUGAUCCAAAACGAGUGAGAGAAUGGCGAAGUCAAAAAGUCGAACUUCAACGUUUGUCUGAGGUGGAUCAGAAGAGGGCGAGGCUGCAAGGUGGGGGGAGGAAAAAGACAUCAAAGUUAAAAAGAGAAGCCGCAAUAAAGGCAGAGAAGACCAUGUCUAAGAGCACAUACGAAGAAGAGGAAGAUGAGGAGGAGGAUGAGCAUCUCACCAAGACUGGGAUGUCAAAGCAAGAUCCCAAUACUUCAGAGGUAGCCAUGACAGAAGACGGGGCUGCAGAGCAGUUUGAGUUUCAGUAUGGACUGGAGGGACCAACAUUUAAGAAUGACAAUGGGGAGUGCUCCAAGAGCCAUCUGUCCAUCAUCAAAGUGGAACAACUGGACCCCCUUCUCCCUGACCAAAACAACUCCAGCUGUGGUUCUGGGUCACCUGGGGAUCCUGGGCCUCCUGGCUCGUCUGGUUUUGGGUCCAGUAUGAGUCCAGCUGCACAGUUCUUCAGGAAGUGCCACCAGGCAGGCUGCACACAGUUCAUCUUCUCUGAGUUCGCCUCCCGCCUCAACACUAUCACUGAGAGGAUUUCAUCCCAGCAGGCCAGCGAAGAAGAUUUCAACCUCACCCUGAAAGUGCUGGAGGCCUCUGGGAUGCUGCCAGAGAUCUUUGCAAAGAGAGACCAAGAAAUGGAGAAGAGACUGAAGGAUUUGCAGAGAGAGACUGAAUCCGUGAGGACUGCCAGGUCUGCCAUGAGAGAUGCCUGUGUCAUGAGCGUCACCCCAUCAUGACGGAUCACUGCUGAAGAUAAAAGCGAUUUUAUAAGACGUUAUAACUAGGGCCUGGAGUUUUCCCUGACCACGUGACCGGACUAGGAAUGUAUAGGACCUGAAGUUUUCCUGGUCCGAUCAUGUGGACAGGAAAAACCUCACACCCCAAUUUUAGUAGAAUGUAAAUAUUUGAAACCUUUUAUAUUUGCCAUAUUUUUCUACCUUUGUGUUCAAACAUUUUAACUCUGAUAUUUGAAAACAGUUUGUUGUACCGUGGCUACUGAGAUGGGUGAUAUAUUAUACUUGAAGUGAGUAAUAGGUGAUAUAAUCUUGUGACAUACAUUGGUUCUGGGUUCCAAGGUUAUUGGCGUUGUAGUGAUGUUAGCAGGUGAUCUUUUGUGUCCAUCUGUGCUGUAUGUACUUUGUGCUUACUAACCCUUCACAGGUUAAAUAUGUCCUUAUAUAGUAUGUGGGAACCAGUAUCUACAUUUAUCGAUGGAUGGGUACUCCAUUUACUGUAAGACAAAUUAAUUUGGAAUACACUGUAAUAUAACAUACUUGAGGAAAGUUGAAUGCAUUAAACUUAUGUAAAUGAGUCGUGAUGACAUUUCAGAUCUGAAACGUCCUGUAAACAAACUUUUUCUAUUACAGUAAUAUAAAGUUACUGCUCUGCUUAUGGAUGACAGCGGAAUGUAGGCAGUAAACCUGGGAAGGUAUGAGAUGGGGACAUUUAAACUGAAAUCCUAAAUGCCAUAAUUCUUUGUUUAUGCAUUUUUAAAUAAGAAUAUCAGUUCACUUCCAGAAUUGAACUGAAUUGAAAUGGUACAUUAGUUUGACAGCAAUUAGCCUAGUAGCAAAUAUUGUGGUUGUAGCAUCGUUUUCGAGAUUCGAUCUUUGAGAUAUUACUUUGGUUGGCACAACGCCCUCUUGCACCCAAGUGUACUGAAACUAGCACCACACCCAGACUUGUCAGAGCACCCCAUACAAUAGCAAUCAGUCGAUAUAAUCGAGAACUAUCAUAAAAUCAACAUUUCAUAUCGUGUAGAUUUACUGUAUUGACAAUGAAACUAACGCGAGAUCACAUUUCCAGCAUGGCCGACAACCGGACCUCCGUUGACCACCAGAGGACGCAAAAUGGCAAUUAAGAAAUACAUGAGCAUUGCAUUUGCAGCUCAUAAAUUAAUAAAAACAAUUAAAACGUCGUUUUAAAAGUUAUUAAGUUACCUCUGAACGAGCUCUGGCAACUCGUGUUCAGCUGGCUUGCUUGACUGACAUUGCUAGCCCGCGGGCGCAUUCCAGCUGGAUUUAAUUGUCUGCCUCUUAAUUUAUGUGGGUGUACUACAAUGCUUGGAUAGUUAACAUAACAGAUUAGCAUAAUUAGUUCAGAUGAUUUAUUGGCCUCUACUUGUAUUUUUUACAAAUCCCAAAUCACUGUUGCAGGCUGACCGAGGUAAAGACAGUUUUCGGUUGGAUAUUCGCCUGUAGUUUUCCUUACGUCCACCAACAGCAGUUAGGCUGUUAGUCAACAUAGUGACAAAUCAAAUUCCUCAAAUUUCAAUAGCUCUUUAACCAUCACUCCUAACACUUUCAAAACUGGUUGUAGCUAACCCGAUGGCAUAGACACACAUUGCACACCGUUUAGUUUGUCCAUUUUUAUCUCACAUGGUUUUACACGAAUUUCAAUAGCUCCUUGGUCAUGUGACCUAGUGACUUCAAACAAGGUUCAGAAUGUCCACUCAGUAGCCCUAUAAAUUGCACACCCUUUAGUUUGUCCAUUUUCAUCUCACAUGGUUUUAUAUGCAUUUUUUUUUAAAUGUAACAUUUCAAUAGCUCCUUGGUCAUGUGACCUGGUGACAUCAAACAGGGUUCAGAAUGUCCACUCAGUGGCCCUAAACAUUGCACACCCUUUAGUUUGUCCAUUUUCAUCUCACAAGAUUUUAAAAUAAUUUUUCAAAAUGUAAAAUUUCAAUAGCUCCUUGGUCAUGUGACCUAAUGUCCGCUGACUACCCUUCUAUAUUGCACACUCUUGUCUGUGUACUGUAAAAUCACGCGGUGUAACGCAAAUUUGUCAUACUUUCAAAUUUGCAACAGCUCCUUGGUCAUGUCAAUUACACACCUAAGAAGCAUGCAGUGGAUAUACACCCAUAUUGCCUAACCUCUAGUCAUGUAUCUUCUAUAUUGUUGUACAUUAAUAUUAGUUUGACAAUUAGGGGGUUCAGUCCAGUGUUGUGUUUACCCUUUUCAUUAAUAUUUAUCUAUAAUAAUUGGUAGUUCUAAGUACUUAUUUUCCCUGUUUUUUAUUUUUCCACAGUAUUUAACAGUGGUACACAAUAGGAGAGAGAGACAGAUGAUAUCUCCUUUCAUUGUUAAUAUCAACCAUAAUGGAAAAGGGCAAAGUACGAGAGUCAUGUUAUUGUCCACAGCAGGGAUGGAGAGUGAACUAGUGAGGUAGGCUGCAGUGGGUUUGCUGGUCAAUACAUAUACUGAACAUGUAACCACAGUAAUAGUGGCCAGUAAAUCAAUGAAUAAAAAUGUAAUAUUGACAAAUGAAAUAGAAAUUGUAGACCUUUAAUCUUUUCCAACAUGUCAACAGACACUUAACUUCAAUUAAGUAUGAAACAUUUCAGUGUUAACUUUCUCUUUAUCCCUGGUUGAUGUACAUUUCAGAGCCUCUUCAGUGUGGAUGGGGUAUAACAUACAUUUUCAACAACAAAGACUGCACUUCCAGGUUGUGUUCUUUACUCUGUUGAACUCUUUUGUCUUCAUUCCACAUGGAACCAGCGUUGACAUGCAAAACAUUCAAUCAAAACAAAGCGUAACACGUUAUAAAUAAUAUCAUCAAUGUAUGACGAAUGACGAAUUAGCCAUCCAUUGUGUUAUAUCAUAAAUUGUCUUACAUGCCGUCACUGUUGUCAAAAGAUUAUAAACAUGUUAAAUAAAGUUACUAACCCAGUCA